AGGUCUAGAUACCAACCUAGCCUAUAUAUUCCCGGCGUCCUCGCGCGGCCGGCCAUACUUUACUGCACUCGCUUGGCGUGAGCUUCGGCUGUAUCUCUUAGGAGAGCAUCCCUGACUUUUGUCUUAACUUAACUCUCUUUACAAGUUCGAAAUCAAAGAUGCCAGAAGACGUUGCAAUGGAGGGAGCUGAGACCUUUGCCUUCCAGGCUGAGAUCGCUCAGUUGAUGUCCCUGAUCAUCAAUACCUUUUACUCGAACAAGGAAAUCUUCCUCCGAGAAUUGAUUUCCAACUCCUCAGAUGCCCUUGACAAGAUCAGGUACGAGAGCUUAACCGAUCCCAGCAAGUUGGAAAGCGGCAAGGAGCUCUUCAUCAAGAUCAUCCCUAACAAGAACGACCGCACAUUGACCAUCAUCGACACUGGUAUUGGCAUGACCAAGGCUGACCUGGUUAACAACUUGGGUACGAUCGCUAAGUCAGGCACUAAGGCGUUCAUGGAGGCGCUGCAGGCCGGCGCUGACAUCUCGAUGAUUGGUCAGUUUGGCGUGGGCUUCUACUCAGCUUACCUGAUCGCAGACAAGGUCACGGUCACCUCAAAGCACAACGAUGAUGAGCAGUACACCUGGGAGUCAUCGGCGGGUGGCUCAUUCAUCGUGCGGCCAGACAACAGCGAGCCCCUGGGUCGCGGUACGAAGAUCGUUCUUCACAUCAAGGAAGAUCAGCAGGAAUUCCUUGAGGAAAAGAAGGUGAAGGAUGUUGUGAAGAAGCACUCACAGUUCAUUGGCUACCCAAUCAAGCUGCUCGUCGAGAAGGAGCGUGACAAGGAAAUCAGCGACGACGAGGCUGAGGAAGAGGAGAAGGAAAAGAAGGAGGAGGAUGAGAAGGAGCCCAAAAUUGAGGAUGUUGGUGAGGAAGAUGACAAGGAGAAGGACAAGAAGAAGAAAAAGACCAUCAAGGAGAAGUACACUGAGGACGAGGAGCUUAACAAGACCAAGCCCAUCUGGACCCGCAACCCUGACGACAUUGGCCAGGAGGAGUAUGGCGAGUUUUACAAAUCUUUGACUAACGACUGGGAAGACCAUUUGGCCGUCAAGCACUUCUCUGUUGAGGGUCAGCUUGAGUUCCGUGCCCUGCUCUUCAUCCCACGCCGUGCUCCCUUCGACCUCUUUGAAAACAAGAAGCGCAAGAACAACAUCAAGCUCUACGUCCGCAGGGUCUUCAUCAUGGACAACUGUGAUGAGCUGAUCCCUGAGUACCUCAACUUCGUGCGCGGUGUCGUUGACAGCGAGGAUCUGCCCCUCAACAUCUCCCGUGAGAUGCUCCAGCAGAAUAAGAUCCUCAAGGUCAUCCGCAAAAACUUGGUGAAGAAGUGCAUGGAGCUCUUUGACGAGAUCGCCGAGGACAAGGAGAACUACAAGAAAUUCUACGAGCAGUUCUCCAAGAACCUGAAGCUUGGCAUUCACGAGGACUCCACCAACCGCAAGAAACUGUCCGAACUGCUGUGCUACCACACAUCUGCGUCUGGCGACGACCAGUGCUCGCUGAAGGAGUAUGUUGCACGCAUGAAGGAGAAUCAGAAGCACAUCUACUACAUCACUGGCGAGAACAAGGACCAGGUUUCCAACUCCAGCUUUGUGGAGCGUGUCAAGAAGCGCGGCUUUGAGGUUGUCUACAUGACCGAGCCCAUUGAUGAGUAUGUCGUGCAGCAGCUGAAGGAAUUCGAGGGCAAGCAGCUUGUGUCCGUGACCAAGGAGGGUCUUGAGCUUCCUGAGGACGAGGAUGAGACCAAGAAGCGCGAGGAGGACAAGACCAAGUACGAGAACCUGUGCAAGGUGAUGAAGGAUAUCCUUGACAAGAAGGUGGAGAAGGUGGUCGUGUCCAACAGGCUGGUCGAGUCGCCUUGCUGCAUUGUCACCUCGCAGUAUGGCUGGACGGCCAACAUGGAGCGCAUCAUGAAGGCGCAGGCUCUGCGUGACUCGUCCACCAUGGGCUACAUGGCGGCCAAGAAGCACCUUGAGAUCAACCCCGACCACCCCAUAGUUGACACCCUGCGGCAGAAGGCCGACGCAGACAAGCACGACAAGGCUGUCAAGGACUUGGUCAUGUUGCUCUUCGAAACAGCCCUGCUCAGCUCUGGCUUCACCCUUGAGGAGCCCCAGACCCACGCCUCCCGCAUUUACCGCAUGAUCAAGCUCGGGCUUGGCAUUGAUGAGGAUGAAGCUCCCGUUGAGGCACCCGUCGCCGAGGAGAUGCCACCCCUUGAAGGCGACGCUGAGGACGUCUCUCGCAUGGAAGAGGUGGACUAAGUCCUUUUUUCCCCGCCAACUGAUUCUCAAUUGUUAGCAUAGCGCGUUCGAUAAGAGCACAGAACUGAUUUUCAUUUUAAUUUUGUUCCUGACAAUUAAUAAUAAAGAGAGAAUUGCAUUUCCAUUCCGUUAAUAUGUCAUCUGAAUUAAGUUGCUUGCAAGUGAUGCGUGAUGGAAGUAUGUUGAAUAAAAUGUGUCGACUAUCAAA